GGAGCCCAGGAAGGCAACGUGUUCAACGGACAGACCCGGAGAUGGGGAAGAAAAAGAAGGAGAAACUGAGUGUCGCCCGGGAGAUUGAUGGGAUGGAGGAGAAAGUGGCUCUGUGCAAGUACAACCUGGAUGUGAUUGACGUGAAGCUGCGCAAGAUGGAGCUGACAGAGGAGGGGAGGAAGUCUCUAGAGAAGGAGAAGAGCUCACUCAGCAGCCGCCUGUCCAAUUACGAGCGAGAACUCAAAUCUCUGCGCCAUGAAAACCGCAAGAACAUGCUGCUCUCUGUCGCCAUCUUUCUACUCUUUGCCGUGGGGUAUUACUGCUGGACUCUCUGAUUGGCCACAUUCCUGCUCCUCGCACUGAUGUACUGCCCUGUGAUUGGCCACAUUCCUGCUCCUCGCACUGAUGUACUGCCCUGUGAUUGGCCACAUUCCUGCUCCUCAGACUGAUGUGCUCUCCUGUGAUUGGCCAUCUUCCUGAUCCUCACACUGAUGUGCUCUCCUGUGAUUGGCCAUUUUCCUGAUCCUCACACUGAUGUGCUCUCCUGUGAUUGGCCAUCUUCUGUACUUUUACCCCUGGGACCAGUUGUUCUCUAAGCUGAGGGCAUUUUGAUGGAUGUUGUUAUAUUUUACCCCCGGCAGAUGUUCCUCAGGAUACAGGAACGGACACUUUGAUUUUACAUUUCCUUCAGAUAUUAUUGUUCCAAUCAGAUUUAGGUUUAAUGAAAGUAUCUGGGCAUUAAAACACACAUGUUCUCCUGAUACCCCUGCCCGGGGCACUUCGGCCGAUCCUUUAUACACAAUGAAUGUAGCGAUUUGCAACUGUAAUACAUGUUUGUGCCAUAGGAGGGCACUAGCGCUACACUGGUUAUUGGAAUUCAUGGUUUUGGUAGAUCUAGUAGAUCAUUGCAGGGGGUGGGGGGCGCACUAUAUACAGUAAAGGGUAAGUGAUCUAGUGCUGAGGUCGCCCCCAGAAGGAAACCACAAGGAUUCUCAGUGUCUUAGAUGCAGUUUCCCAGCAGGUGGGGGCGCUGUUCUGUUGGUGCCAAGGGAGAAAUGACCUCCAGCAACAGGCGGGAAGUGGUACUGCAAGCGCCAAUGUUGCAGUUGCACAGUCACAUAAGGGUUGUGGGAGGGGUUUGUACAUCUGUAAGUAUAUAAAUGUUUUCUUU